AUGAAAAAUCUAGUUUGGCUGCAAUGGGGAAAUUCAUCUAAUCUACCAAUGACUUUGAGAAAGAUCACUGAUAUCAAUACAAAAUACACCGAAGAUAAUUGGGAAUCUUUUAAACAUGAAUGGGAACCUUAUGCUAAAAGAGAUACGUUAUGUUGGAGCUUGUUUGAUAUAAAAAAAAAUGUUUUAACAUCGGUUGAUAAAGAAAUAGAUAACGCUGGUGGACGAAUUAUUAGAAUAUUAGAUGGUAUAGUAAAGAAAAUUUUAAAGCUCCAACAUAUAGAGAUUAUUUUUUUAAUUAAAUACAAACGGAGAAGCAAUUGGAAUAAAUCAAAUGAAGCUGGGUUGUUAUCUGAAAAUGAUUAUUGUAAGGGAAAGAAUGAUUACGGUGAUGGUGGAAUUAUAUAUGGUUUAUAUUUAGCACCAAAAGUUAAAUAUGAUAUAAUUUUAACUUCUGGCUUAAGAGAAAAGAAAACGUUUAAGGGUUACUCUAAUGAUAAGAUAGCUGUAGAAGAUUAUAAUCGAUUAGCUAGUGGACAUGAUGUGACGAAAGAAACCAUGGGAGAAAAGUUUUGA